AUGCUACCUCCACAAACAAAUCCAAUACACAACAACCAUUUACGAAAUUUUCUCUGUACAGAUUGUAAUGUGAGCUUUCGCUCUCAUGGUGUUUUAGCCAAACAUUUGCGAUCUAAACAACACGUAAAAAAUUUAGUUACACUUGGAAAGUUGUCAGAAGAUGCCAAUUCUUUAUUAAUUCGUGACCAUAGCAAAGCUUUGGGCAAUAUAGACGCAAGCAAUUGUGAGAAGGCGCUUACCUCAACUAAAGAAUUAUUGGCUAAAAUGCGAGAGCAGUUGGGCAUUGUUAGUGAUAAUGCUACUACUGUUUCUUCACAACAAUCGAAUAAUGGAAGUUCACAAAAAACAAUAGCAGGAAACUCCCCAAGGAUUAUUAGCAGUAUGGGGAGUACAACACAUAAGCGUCCAGCAGAACCUUUGGUACAUGGAUUGAAAAGGAAAAGCAACGAUUUACCAAGCAUCGACGAUUUUGGAGGGAGACCUCAAAAUCCUCCUCAAAAUGCUACAACACCUUCCCCACAAUUAAGACGUGAUUCUUUUUCUUCUCCGUCUCCGCAGAGGCCAAAAUACAGUCGAGAUGAUUUGGCUCAUCAAUCUGAAUCACCUUUACAUUCACUUGCUCAAGUUGCUGUUGCAGCAGCUGCAGCAGCAGCUGCACGUCAUCCAUCUCCUUCUACAUCUUCUCAUCAUCAUUCACAACAACAUUCAACUUCACGUAUUGCAACAGCAAAUGUUUGGGUACCCCCAAAAGUAGAACAAUUACAGCCUUGUAAUGCUGGGGGUGUUUCUCCUAUGUCUACCAUUGAUGCAAGAAAAUCUGUUACCCCUGAAAUGCAUCAAUAUAAUGGAUUGAUAGCUAAUGAUAGAUUAGGAUCAAUGCUUUCAAACCGCUCUGCGGAAGAAACUAGCGAAUCUACUGGUACUCGAAGUGAAUCAAGCACUCCAGUCCAACAACGUAAUGUCUGUCAACAACACCCAGGAUUUUCUCCUAUGCCAGCUGCUACACGUUGCCAACUUUGUGAUUUAAAUUUUGACUCUCCAGCACAACUUUCUGUUCAUUUUCAUGCUGAUCAUAUUUUAAUGCGUCAUGGAAGGGAUUUUCGCUGUUCUAGACGUAAUUGUGAAAAAGUGUUCCCUUCGAGAGAGUCGCUAAGAGCUCAUAUUUAUGCGCACUUUUUUGGUGGAUCCGAUGGAAGGGAAAUUGAUAAUCAUCUACAGGCACUUCCAUUUGCCUCUGCUGCCGCUUCCUGUCCAGCUUCCCCCUCUCUUUUGGCCAGGCGUUCAACUGCUCCAUCAGCACCCCCACCAUGUGCUCAAAGUCCGGGAGUACCAGAAGAAUCACAUUCAGCUAUCGGAAGUCAAUUAGCAAUUGGAGGGGGGCUAAAUAACAACAAUAAUCAUUCAUUUUCUUCUCCUCCUUCUGUUGCUUCUUCUUUUGUUUCUUCUGGGAUUACAACACCUAAAACAACUGGAAGAAUAAAAAUUCCUCCAAAUCGGCGAAAGGGAGAAUAUACUAAUAAUAAUAAUCAACAUUUAAAUAAUGAUAUUAAAAGAAAAGAAGAAAAUACAGCAACAAAUCCGUCUUUGUUACGUUGCCAAUUUUGUUCUGAACAAUUGCCUGAUGUUCAGGCUUUACAGACUCAUUGGGUAAAACAACACAUGGCUCAACUUACACGUCCCCACGUUUGUGUAGAAUGUGAUGCUGGAUUUACAACAGAAUUAGCAUUACAAGCACAUCGUGAACGACAACAUAAUUUAUCUACUAAUAAUAAUGGAAUAAAUUAAAAUUGAACGAAAAUUUUAAAAAUUUCUUAGAGAAUUAAUUUUUUAAAAAAUAUUUUUUUCUAUUUAAUAUUUCUGUUUUUAUUUUUUUUAUUUUUUUUUAAUUUUUAUAUUUACUAUUCGACAUGACAGAUUUUUUUAAAUUAAAAUUUUGUUAUGGAAAAGUGGAUUUUGAUUAUUAAAAAAAUUUUUUUUGUUAAUUUUCUUCAUUGUUUCAAAAAUAAAUUUUGCUCAAAAAAUUUUUAUUUUAUUGCCAAAAUCCACCCUUUUCCAUUUUUGUUAUCUCCAUACUUUUUUUUGCGCAAGUCCCUAUGUAUUUCUUGUUUUUUUAUAUUUUUGCAUGCAUCUAGCAAUGUAUAUAAUAAAUAAAUUU